UUCGUUGGGUAAUUUCGGGCAAUGAAUGCUUAUUCUAAUACUAUGUUACAUUUCAUAGUACAACUAACAUGAUAGCUACUGUGUGUUUGUGCAGGUCAAAGAUACGAUACGAGCUAUGAAAGUUAAUUUCCCUCUUUUCUGUAAUUGUGAAUGUGUCUAUACAUGUUAUAUGUAAUUUGUUUCAGGUAAAUGUGUCGGAUCGCGACCAUGCGAUGCCUAUUAUCACUCCUGCGUACCCGCAACAAAAUUCCACAUUCAACGUAAGCACUUCCACCAGGUCCGUGAUGGUGGAAGAGUUUAAGAUUGGUCUGGCCGCGACUGAAGAGAUAAUGCAGGGCGAGUGUGGGUGGCAGCACUUGUUGGAGAAGCCUUCUUUCAUAAAUAUAAAGACUCCCUGGUACAAUGAAGGGCGAGUGUUCUUUAACAAGUACAAGUACAACUUGGCCCGGAUGACCAGCUGCAGUGGAGUGAUAUCGUUGAGGCCAGGAUACGACAUCUAAGCAUCAGUCGUAUCGCUGGAGAACAAUGAGUCAAUAGUAUUAGCUCGAGUGAACCCAGAAUGCUAUAAAACUGCACCAGCUAAUGCUACCAGCCAGCCCCCAGCCAACUGCUGCUCGAUGUGGUUCAUCGGGCUGCAGUUGCAGCAGACCUCACGCAGCUUGGACCUGUCGCACGAUAUCCAGACGUUCACAGAGAACAUCAACAACGUGGGGGGGAGGACUAACAUGCUGCGGGAAGGCAUGGCAAUACAGGUCCGGCAUGUCCAUCGAAGGGAGCUGAAGGAGUACCUGCCGGACUCCUUGCUGUGCCGAGAGCACACCUCCCCCGACACCAAGCACGAGCCACACCGUAGCGCUGCGUCUGCCUCAUCAGGUUGGAAUUGGAGCAGACCUCACGCAGCUUGGACCUGUCGCACGAUAUCCAGACGUUCACAGAGAACAUCAACAACGUGGGGGGGAGAACUAACAUGCUCCGGGAAGGCAUGGCAAUACAGGUGGAAAGGAGCUAAAUGAGUAACUGCCGGACUUUCUGCUGCAUCGUGAGCAUACCUCCCCCGACACCAAGGGCAAGCCCCACAUCAGCUGUCCGCCCCCUACUGCGACCACCAAGCGACCAGGGGCCUUAGUCUGCUAUUACAAUUGUGUCAGAAUGGUCGAUCACUGAGCAGUGCAAGAGGGACGGAGCUAUGUAGGUUGUAUAACUCCAUCCCUCUUGCACUGCUCAAUGAUCGACCAUUGUGACACAAUUGUAAUAGCAGACUAAGGC